GCCUUGCCAUUGUGACUCGGUAAACAUACAGACGCUAUGAUGCAUGCCGUCACUAGAUCGCUCCUUGUCAUCUUCCUCGCCACGCUCGUCGGCGCCGCUAACGGACAAGAAGCAACGGAACAGCUCGGAACAGUUAUCGGCAUCGAUCUGGGCACCACCUAUUCUUGCGUCGGUGUGUACGUAAACGGCAAAGUUGAAAUAAUUGCCAAUGACCAGGGGAAUCGCAUCACGCCUUCUUACGUCGCUUUCACUGACAGUGAACGCCUGAUUGGUGACGCUGCAAAAAAUCAAGCCACUGCCAAUCCAACACGCACUGUAUUCGAUGCGAAGCGGCUAAUCGGCCGAAAGUUUACAGAUAAGGAGGUUCAGCGUGAUGUCAAGAUGUUUCCCUUCAAAGUCGUGAACAAGGACAGCAAGCCUUGCAUUGAAGUCGACUUGAAGGAGGGCAAAAAAGUUUUUCAAGCUGAGGAAAUCUCAGCAAUGGUCCUCGUUAAGAUGAAAGAGACUGCUGAAGCAUACCUCGGGAAAGAAAUUAAGAACGCAGUAGUAACUGUACCAGCAUACUUCAACGAUGCGCAGCGUCAGGCGACAAAGGAUGCGGGCACCAUAUCUGGUAUGAAUGUCGCUCGAAUAAUCAAUGAGCCCACUGCUGCUGCAAUUGCGUAUGGUCUCGACAAGAAAGGAGAGAAGAACAUUCUCGUUUUCGAUCUAGGAGGGGGCACUUUUGACGUGUCCAUACUCACCAUUGACAACGGUGUGUUCGAAGUUGUCUCGACGAAUGGAGACACCCAUCUCGGCGGUGAGGAUUUCGAUCAGCGCAUAAUGGAAUAUUUCAUGAAACUUAUCAAGCGCAAGCAUGGCAAAGACGUUUCAGGGGAUGUGAAAGCCGUGCAAAAGCUCCGAAGAGAGGCUGAGCGUGCCAAGCGCUCGCUUUCCAACCAGCACCAGGUCCGCGUCGAAAUAGAGUCUCUCUACGAAGGUGUUGAUUUUUCUGAGCCCCUCACUCGUGCACGGUUUGAGGAGCUGAACAACGAUCUAUUUCGAAAAACUAUGGGUCCGGUCAAAAAAGCGAUGGAGGAUGCGGGAAUGAAAAAGUCACAAAUAGACGAGAUCGUCCUUGUUGGCGGCUCAACCCGCAUUCCGAAAGUGCAAGCUCUGUUGAAAGAAUACUUCGAUGGGAAAGAGCCGAAUAAAGGGGUCAACCCAGACGAGGCAGUUGCGUUCGGGGCUGCAGUCCAGGGCGGUAUUCUCUCAGGUGAAGGUGGAGAUGAAACCAAAGACAUACUUCUUCUCGACGUCGCCCCUCUUACGCAAGGAAUUGAGACAGUUGGUGGUGUCAUGACUAAGUUGAUUCCGCGGAAUACAGUGAUUCCCACCAAAAAGUCUCAGACUUUCACAACUUAUCAAGAUAAUCAGCAAACUGUCAUGAUUCAGGUAUUUGAAGGCGAACGAGCGAUGACUAAGGACAACCACUUGCUCGGAAAGUUCGAGCUAACUUCUAUUCCACCUGCACCCAGAGGUGUCCCGCAAAUCGAAGUUACUUUCGAGAUUGACGCGAAUGGGAUCUUGAAUGUCGGUGCUGAGGACAAGGGCACAGGAAAGUCUGAAAAAAUUACGAUUACUAAUGACAAGGGGAGACUCUCCCAAGAGGAAAUCGAGCGCAUGGUGGAAGAGGCAGAAGAAUUUGCUGAAGAAGAUCGCAAAAUCAAAGAAAGAGUGGACGCUCGCAACAGCCUCGAAACUUACGCCUACAACAUGAAGAACACGAUUGCUGACACGGAUAAACUUGCCGACAAGCUAGAUCAAGAUGAUAAAGUCACGAUCGAAGAGGCCGUGAGAGAAACUCUCGACUGGUUAGAUGAUAAUCAGAACGGUGAGAAAGAAGAGUACGAAGAAAAGCUCAAGGAAAUCGAAGGCAUCUGCAACCCUAUUGUUUCUAAAGUUUACCAGCAGGAUAGUGAUGUGGGCGACCCUGAGGAAGAUUCUGAUGAAUUCGAUGAGCACGACGAGCUGUGAAUAAAACAUUUUUUUAUUAACAUGAAAGCCCACAUGAAGAACAGUGAAAAAAACAGUGUUCAGUUGAAGCGGCUCACAACGCUGUUGUAGUCCUCGACUUGCGGUGUUGUUGUUCUGAAUAAAAGGAAGAACUCGUUCAAAUCCACUUUUAAUCAACGAAUAUUCUUCAUAAAGUGAAAAGCUAAACGGUUUCUGGAGUACUUUUCGUGCUGAACUGUGCAAAGAACAACUCAAAUGUGAAGAAUAGACCCUAGCUGAUGUGCAUGAGCCAGCCAAUUUGUUU